GACCCAUACACAUACGCUGCAGAAACGCGUAGCGUAGCAGACUAGAAAUGUAUUGGGGAAUUAAGUAAAUGUACAUUUUUCAAAAAGUAAAGCAAACGAAAUUAGCUGUGAAAAACUGCUGAAAAGUGCUGUUGUUAUUCUUUUAGCGCCGGUGCCCUUGUAUGCUUCUGUGUGAGCGUUAGCGCCGUCAUCGUUGGAAACUAGAACAUAGUGAGGUCACAAGCAUCGCCAAAACGAUGGAUCUGCAAGGCGAAAAUGAGGUGUACGAUGACAUGAAUCUGUACAUAACACCCGAGAGUUUCAUUGUCGAACCCAACGGUAAGGACGAGCUAUUGAUUAUCGGGCGAAUAGACAAGACGACUCGCGUGCAGCCAAAGUCAUCGCAAGUGGACAACCAGCGGCCCACGCGUCGCAUAUGCGGCGUCCUGGGUACCAUACAUCUUCUAAGCUGCGAUUAUCUUCUGGUGGCCACGCACCGACUAUUCGUUGGCGUGCUGAACAAUUCUAUUAUAUGGCGGCUGGCCGGCUACGAUAUCAUACCCUACAUUCCAAAUGCCUGUCAGCGCAACGAGAAUGCCACGUAUCUGAGUAUGGUGCGCAGGACUCUGGACACACAGUACUUUUACUUUUCCUACCGCUACGACCUGACGCACACGCUGCAACGCAAGCAGGAAUCCUUGAAUUUGCCCCGAAAAGGAUUGUUUGAAAGCGCCGAUCGGCGAUUCGUCUGGAACGGUCAUGUGCUGAAUAAUUUCCAAUGCGACAAGAUGCACAACUUCCAGUUGCCGCUUAUUCUAGGCUUUAUAUCCAUUAACCAAGUGCAAAUCAAUGGCCAGACCUUCUUCUGGAGCAUAAUAUCGCGGCGCUCUAUACAGCGAGCUGGCACACGUCUUUUUUGUCGUGGUGCCGAUGAGAACGGGAACGUGGCAAACUUUGUCGAGACGGAGCAGAUUGUGGAGUUCAAUGGGCAGCGCACGUCCUUUGUGCAAACACGUGGCAGCAUGCCUUUCUUUUGGCAUCAGCUGCCCAAUCUGCGCUACAAGCCCAGGCCCAGUCUCAUGGUUGGAAAGGAUCACAUGUCCGCGUUCGCUUUGCACUUUAAGACGCAGUUUGGUCUGUAUGGAAAGCAGGUGGCCAUCAACCUUGUGGACCAGAAGGGCGCCGAAGGUGAAUUGGAGACAAAGUUCAGGAAACUGGCGCAGGACAUGGGCAAUUCAUCCUUGCGCUACGAAGCUUUCGACUUCCAUCACGAGUGCCGCAAGAUGCGCUGGGACCGGCUAAACAUACUCAUCGAUCGGCUGGCCCACGAACAAGACCAGUUCGGCUUCUUCCAUGGUUUCGACAACGGCACUUUAGUCUCCACGCAGUCGGGCGUCUUCCGCACAAACUGCAUCGAUUGUCUGGAUCGCACAAACGUGGUGCAAAGCAUGCUGGCGCGACGCUCCCUGACGUCGGUGCUGCAGAAGCUGGGCGUGCUUCACGUAGGCCAGCGUGUGGAGCAUGCGUCCGCUAGCUUCGAACUGCUCUUCAAGGGCGUGUGGGCGGACAAUGCGGAUCUGGUGUCGCUGCAGUAUUCAGGCACUGGCGCGCUAAAGACCGAUUUUACGCGCACCGGCAAACGCACGAAGGCGGGUGCCAUCCAGGACGGCAAAAACUCAAUUUUACGCUACUAUUUGAACAACUUUGCCGAUGGCGUACGUCAAGAUGGCAUCGAUCUAUUCCUGGGCAUGUACCUGGUCAACGACGAUGAGGGCUGUGCGAUGCCUUCGCCACUUCGAACACAUCGCGGCUGGCGAUAUGUGGCCUUCCCCUCGGUGCUGCUCAUUGCGGUGGCCAUGUUUUUCAUCACCAUCACAUAUCCGGCAGAGUUCAACACAGAAAAUCUACUCUUCAUGCUCUUCUGGAGCGCCAUGAUUGCAGUAAGCGCCACCGGCAUUAUGCACUAUGGAAUCGAGUUUGUCCAAUGGCCCCGGCUUUUUCCCCCUCUAUCCUUUCGCUCAGCCUGACAUUAGUACUAUCUAGAGGAUGAAGGUGCGUCUGCACGCUUCGUAGUAAUUGUAAAACAAACAAAAAACAAAAAAAAAACAUAAAUGAAAAACUAAAGAAAUUCCUGUAAA